AUGGAACGUCUAGGAUUUUGGGGAUUGUUGAUGGGUAGUGUGGAAAAGUCAUCGGAUUGUGGAAAUUCGGUGGCUUUCUCUGCAUCUACCAAGUACGCAGACGAAGAGAGUAGUUCUUCAUCGAAGCAAGUUUCACCAUUAAAGGGUUCUGGGUCGAGAAACACUAGCCCUUUAGGUCGAGUUGGGUCGAGAAACACAAGUCCAUCUAGGCAGAAAGUGGUCAAGACGAAACCUCGUGGUUUAGAGGAAGAAACAGUAGCUUCAUUUGGUAAACCAGUCGUUGUUGAUGUGCAGAUGGAGGAUGGUAUAUGGGCAAUGCUUCCAGAGGAUUUGCUGAACGAGAUUUUAGCUAGGGUUCCACCGUUUAUGAUAUUUCGAAUUCGGUCGGUUUGUAAAAAAUGGAACUCUAUUCUUCAGGAUAAUAGUUUUCUCAAGUUUCACUCGAAUGUAUCAUCUCACGGACCUUGUCUUCUCACAUUUUGGAAGAACUCGCCGCAGAUUCCGCAAUGCUCAGUUUUUAGCUUGCCUUUGAAGACAUGGUACAAAGUUCCAUUCACGUUUUUGCCUCCAUGGGCUUUUUGGUUGGUUGGAUCUUCAGGCGGUCUUGUCUGCUUUUCGGGACUCGAUGGUUUAACUUUUAAAACUUUAGUAUGCAAUCCUCUGAUGCAGAGUUGGAGGACUCUACCGAGUAUGCAUUAUAACCAACAAAGGCAAUUGAUUAUGGUCGUAGAUCGCUCAGACAAAUCGUUCAAAGUCAUAGCCACAAGUGAUAUUUAUGGCGAUAAGUCACUUCCUACCGAAGUUUAUGAUUCCAAAACUGACAAAUGGUUUUUACAUCAGAUUAUGCCUGCGGUGAACUUAUGCUCCUCAAAAAUGGCUUAUUGUGAUUCCCGAUUAUAUCUAGAGACUCUUUCGCCUCUUGGUUUGAUGAUGUAUCGGCUUAACACAGGGCAAUGGGAACAUAUUCCAGCUAAAUUCCCAAGGUCUUUAUUGGACGGUUACUUAGUUGCUGGAACGCAGAAGCGACUGUUUCUUGUGGGAAGGAUUGGCCUCUACAGUACCCUCCAAAGCAUGAGGAUAUGGGAGCUUGAUCACACAAAGGUUGCUUGGGUGGAGAUAAGUAGAAUGCCACCAAAAUACUUCCGAGCUCUUCUGAGACUUUCAGCUGAGAGAUUUGAGUGCUUUGGACAAGAUAAUUUGAUCUGCUUCACGUCUUGGAAUCAAGGAAAAGGUCUUCUGUACAAUGUGGAUAAGAAGAGUUGGUCUUGGAUUUCCGGGUGUGCUCUUCAGUCAUGCAACAGCCAAGUGUGUUUUUAUGAGCCAAGGUUUGAUGCAUCUGUCCAGUGA